AUGUGUGGAAUCUUAGCGCUCUUUGGAUUGCAGGACGCAGGUCCUCUCAGGAAGCAGGUUGUCGAGGCUGCCAAACUUCUGCGUCACAGAGGACCUGACUGGAGUGGGGUCUACUGCGAGGGAUCUACAAUUAUCGCCCACGAGCGCCUGGCCAUUGUCGAUCCUGACAGCGGUGAUCAGCCUUUGUACAACGAGGCCCGGGACAUUGUGCUGGGGGUCAAUGGUGAGAUCUACAACUACGACGAGUUGCAGAAGGCUCUACAGGCCCGAGCUCCAGGAAAGCACCGAUUUCUUACAAAGAGCGACUGCGAGGUCCUGCUCCAUCUGUAUGCUGAGGAUGGCUUGGACUUCAUGAGCAAGAACGAGGUGCUCGGCAUGUACGCCUUUGCAAUCUGGGACAAGAGGAAACAAACGUAUGUUGUGGCACGUGAUCCCGUUGGGAUCAUACCCUUGUACAUUGGUUGGGCGGCUGAUGGGUCAGUUCAAGUGGCAAGCGAGCUCAAGGCAUUGCACAAGGCUUGCGAAAGGUACGAGGAGUUUCCGCCUGGGCACGUGUUCGAUUCUGCUUCGGGGCAGAGGCGGAUGUUCUACACGCCAGUGUGGAAUCAGCCCACGCCUGUUCCAACAAAGGAAAUGGCGCUUUCGGCUUUGCGGGAAGCCUUCGAGAACGCAGUUAUCUCGCACAUGAUGUCUGAUGUUCCCUACGGAGUGCUGCUGAGCGGUGGCCUGGACUCUUCUCUUGUGGCCUCUAUCAUGUCCAAGAACAGCCACAGGAAAUGUGAGCAUGGACCUGCAUCGUGGCCACAGCUGCACUCAUUCAGCACCGGUCUGCGAGGCAGCCCAGAUCUCAAGGCGGCGAAGGAGGUUGCAUCCUUUCUCGGCACGGUCCACCAUGAAUACGUCUUCACAGUCGAUGAGGCCCUUGAUGCCCUGCCAGAUGUAAUCUAUCACCUGGAAACCUUUGAUGUCACUACCAUUCGCGCUUCCACGCCCAUGUACUUAAUGGCACGCAGAAUUAGGGCUGCCGGGGUGAAAAUGGUUCUCAGUGGCGAAGGUGCCGAUGAAAUUUUUGGAGGAUACUUAUACUUCCACAAGGCGCCCAAUGCCGAGGAAUUCCAUGCGGAGAAUUGCCGAAAGAUCAAGCAGCUGCACCUCUACGACUGUCUCCGGGCAAACAAGGCCAUGAUGGCGUGGGGUGUUGAGGCUCGUGUUCCUUUCUUGGACAGGAAAUUUAUGGAGGUUGCUAUGGGCUUCGAUCCAGUACAGAAGAUGUGCAAAGAUGAGGCAGGCAAGCCUCGCUGCGAGAAAUGGAUCCUGCGCAAGGCGUUUGAUUUGCCAAGUGAUCGGGCUUACUUGCCCCAAGAAGUUCUCUGGCGACAGAAGGAGCAGUUCAGCGACGGCGUCGGGUACAGCUGGAUCGACUCCAUCAAGGCGCAUGCUGAGAAAGCUGUCACCGAUCAGCAAAUGGCGACUGCACCCAACAGAUUCCCAGUCAAAACGCCUCGAACGAAGGAGGCAUACAUGUUCCGGCAAUUCUUUGCACAGCACUUCGGGGAAAAUUCAGCAGCAGCCGGAUGUGUGGGAUGGCAGGAUUCCAUCGCAUGCUCCAGUGAGGUUGCGCUGAAGUGGGACAAAGCCUUCCAGGGACGCGCGGAUGCAUCUGGUCGCGCCGUCGCUGGCGUGCACGUGCAGGCAUAUGACAACAGCUACACAACCGCAUCACAAUCGUCGGGCGCCGAAAAUGGAGAGCCAGCCGCCAAAAAGGCAGUGCUUGUUGCAUGGCCAGAAAAGUUCAGGAUCGAGCUGUUCGAGGCAGCUGCAGGGCACGCGGCAGCGGCAGCAGCUGCCGACGACAAUGGGGUAGAGAUUACUCCAUUAUUCGGCAACAUAAACGCCUAUGCGUACUUUUUUGCGGAGCUGCUUGUGGGAACACCACCGCAAGCUGCGUCGGUCAUAGUUGAUACUGGCAGCGCUCUUUGUGGCUUCCCAUGCGUUGGCUGUAGCCAUUGUGGGCAUCAUCUUGAUCCCCUUUUCGAUAUGAAGGCCUCCAACACGUCCAGGACGCUGCCCUGCGGCCCAGACUGCAACCGCUGUGAUGCGGCACGAUGCGGAUAUGUCGAAUCCUAUUCAGAAGGAAGCAGUAUUUCUGGCUUUUGGUUUCGCGAUCUCGUGAUGCUCAAUGGUUCGGAUGCCGACAAUCACCCCGUUGAAGCAUCCAUGGGGUGCCACCUCGAUGAGCGGAAGCUUUUCUACACCCAGAAGGUGAACGGGAUUCUGGGCUUGGCGCCGCAUAGAAUAACUGGAAAGUCCAAUGUGCUGAAGGAUCUCUUCAGAGACAAGGGUCAUGUCAACGCUGCAGUCUUUGCCCUUUGCCUGGCAGAGUGGGGUGGCGAGUUGAGUGUUGGGGGCUAUGACGGCAGAUAUGCUGCCUCGGGGAGCCACAUGCAAUGGCUGCAGUUGCACCAUGCCGGGUACUACGGCGUGGAGUUGAGAGCUGUUACGUUUGGAAUGCAUGCUGUGGGUGGUCCGGAGGAAUUCACAGGACGGGCUGUGGUGGACAGCGGCACGACCUUCACGUACUUCCCCGCCAAGGUGUAUGAUACCUUGCGCCAAGCUAUCAAAGAAGCAUGUGAAGGUUUACGAUGUGGGGCAAAGCCGGUAGGAAACGAUUGCUGGCUGUUGCCUAUAGGAAGCAGCCCAGACAAGUUCGCACCCGUCAUGCUGACGUUUGGCGGUGGGAGCGGGAAAGCUGACGUUUCAGUCAGCUGGCCUGCAAAGUCCUAUCUAUUUCGACGUGGCAUGCGUGCCACGGAGGGUUUCGAAGCCUGGUGCUUGGCUUUUACCAGCAACGGAUUUUCCAAGGAGACUGUGCUAGGGGUCUCCUUUUUCAUGUCGAAGACACUCAUCUUUGACACCACCUCCUCAAAGCUUGGGGUGGAAGAUGCGAACUGUCCACAGCACCACCAUUCCGCCCAAGUUGUGGUGGAACCGUUUUCAGGCAUGGACAGUCCCGUUGAAGAACACCUUCAACAGGACGCUCCCAUGCAACAACUUGGCUUGGUGCUGGGCUGCAUAGGUGCUGUGCUGCUCUUCCUCUCUGCGGGCAUGUUUGCCUGGGCGUGCUCCUUCAGCGAAGAAGAAGCAAACGAAUCCAGCGAGAACUUCUUGAAUUGA